AUGUCUUUUGAGCGGGACUUAGAGAGCAUUGCUGAAGGAAAAUAUCAAUCUUUGGCGAAAUUGUCAAAAGAGAGUAAUCAUUCUUAUGGAACAAAAAAUAUUAACAAGAUAGAGUCCUGUGACCAUGUUAUGAACCAGGUUUAUCGUCGUCGUGAUCUGAGAAAUGGCUUAGCUGAUCGUCUCGGGAUCUCUGACAGAGAUAGAGAACCUCGUGGGAAGGAUGGUGGUAGAGGAGGCUACCGUAGUAAGAGAAACUUUAAUGACAGAAGGAAGAGAAUAACGUUACUAAGAAUUAGAAACAUACCGUUAGAGACCAGUGACUAUGAAAUCGAAGAUUGGAUCAAUGAGAUAGGUGAAGUGGAGUCAAUUAGGAUCAAUGAUAGGAAAGAAAACAGAGUUGCUACCGUUGGUUUUAAAGACGUACAGUUGUUAGGCACAGCUGUUGAGAAGUUGAAUGGGAAGGAGGUUCAUGGCUCGCAGCUUGAAGUGGAGACCUUUGAAGUUGGUUCCAAAAACACAGGUAGAGGUCCAGCAGGUCCUCAUGCCACUGGUGUACCCACAUCAGCUAAAACUCCUAAAAAUCCGAAAGCAGAACCUAAAACAAAAGAAGAGUUAGACCAAGAAAUGGAUGACUACAUGUCGCAACCUUGA